AUGGAACAAAACCUAAGCAUGAUUCGAGUAUCUGGUGGUGUAGUGGCGGCAGCAAUGGUGGUGGUGGUAGUCGUAUAUGCAUGGAGGUUCUUCAAUUGGGUUUGGUUGAACCCGAAGAAGAAGGAGAGGUGUCUACGAGACCAAGGCCUUAAGGGAAACUCCUAUAAGUUGUUAUACGGAGAUGUGAAAGAGAUUGUGAAGAUGAUGACUGAGGCAUAUAGAAAACCUAUAAACCUGACUGAUGAUAUCAUACCACGGGUUUUGUCGUUUGCUCACAAAUCCAUUAGCAUUCAUGGUAAGAAUUGCUUUACGUGGGCGGGGCCGAUACCGAUCUUGCACAUAACAGAUCCAACGAUGAUACGGCAAGAGACUACUGCAAAUUUGCUUGUUUGGACUAUGAUUUUGUUAGGCCAAUACCAAAAUUGGCAAGAACAAGCCAGGGACGAAGUCUUAAAGGUCUUUGGGAAGAGAAAACCAGAUAUUAACGGGUUAAGUCAACUGAAAAUCAUUAACAUGAUAUUCCUCGAGGUUCUUAGGUUAUAUCCUCCGAUAGUCACACUGUUACGGAUGGUUCACAAAGAAACAAUAUUAGGAAACUUAAUUUUACCGGCCAAAACAAUCAUCCAGCUGCACACGAUGCUUUCACAUUAUGACCAUGAAAUCUGGGGUGACGAUGCGAAGGAGUUUAAUCCCGAAAGAUUUUCACAAGGCCUGUUGAAGGCAACCAAAGGACAAACCUCGUACAUCCCCUUUGGAGGGGGUCCACGUAUAUGUAUUGGACAAAAUUUUGCGAUGCUGGAAGCAAAAAUGGCACUUAGAAAUGAUGACCUCCUCGGCAUACUACUAGACUCCAAUUAUAAAGAAAUCGAGCAACACGGGAACACCAAAUUUGGACUUAGUAUUGACGAUGUCAUUGAAGAGUGUAAGCUUUUCUACUUUGCAGGGCAAGAGACUACUGCAAAUUUGCUUGUUUGGACUAUGAUUUUGUUAGGCCAACACCAAAAUUGGCAAGAACAAGCCAGAGACGAAGUCUUAAAGGUCUUUGGGAAGAGAAAACCAGAUAUUGACGGGUUAAGUCAACUGAAAAUCAUUAACAUGAUAUUCCUCGAGGUUCUUAGGUUAUAUCCUCCGGUAGUCGCACUAUCACGGAUGAUUCACAAAGAAACAAAACUAGGAAACUUAAUUUUACCGGCCAAAACAAUCAUCCAGAUGCACACGAUGCUUUCACAUUAUGACCACGAAAUCUGGGGUGACGAUGUGAAGGAGUUUAAUCCCGAAAGAUUUUCACAAGGCCUGGUUAAGGCAACCAAAGGACAAACCUCAUACAUCCCCUUUGGAGGGGGUCCACGUAUAUGCAUUGGACAAAAUUUUGCGAUGCUGGAAGCAAAAAUGGCACUGGCUAUGAUUUUACUACACUUCUCGUUUGAACUCUCUUCGUCAUAUUCACAUGCUCCACGUACCAUCGUCACCCUUCAACCUCAAUUUGGCGCUCAUUUAAUUUUGUGCAAAAUUUAGAAAUUGGUAAGAUUAUUGUUAACGAGUUAAAAGCAUGCUACACUGCUUGUUGUGACGGAACAAUUUCAACAUAUUUGUAUGGUUGUUGAAUCUUCUGCAGUUUAAUGUAUCUACAACAUAAAUUUUCUAUAUAAUAAUUUAGUCAGAAUUAUGUGA